AUGGCACCAUGCCUUUUCAUGACCCAAGUGGCUCCCGGAGUUGUUCUUCCCAUUAGAAUCUUCAUCAAUCGGAAACAGAUUGCCAAAAAUAUUGAGGAUGCUCGACCUUCCUUUGAAACUCCCAUAUUGUCGAAUAACUCCAUAAUAAGGCUGAAAUCUCCACUCGUAAGGCUGUACCUGUCCAACACCGAUGCCCGAAAUCUAUGUGAAGAGAUAAAAGACGAGCUGAUGUUGAUCUUGUACGAGCUGACGGCCAAGAAAGUGCACGAAAGUGUUACGGGGAAAUUGAAAAUUGGCAACCUUGUAGAAUUCAAGGACAUUUUAGAGAAGCUUCCAUCGCUUAGGUCAGCGUUUCAAUGGGAUUCACACCCCUGUGGCAUUCUCACCCUCGAGAGAACGGCCAAAUAUCAAUACAAACUGCAUUAUGACAGGAACUGGAGCCUGGACAUAUUUAUUGAUGAUAUCAGAAAACUUUCACGCAUAAGGGAUACACUGUUAGCUCGUCUAUUCCCAGGAAGCGCAUUACAGGGCUCUAUGGGCUCUAUGGGCUCCCCUGGAAUGAAGGUCCUAAGGCGAACUCGUCAAGAGAUUCCCGCCCCUUUGUCUACCACCGAAAAACCUCAAAUCCUGCGUGAAAGCGAAGACGAUAUGACUUUACCUGAUGAUAUUGGAGAAGGAGCAGAUGGACUGCAAAAGGCUGAGGUUUCGGUCAAUACUACAAAAGACGAAAAAAAACCUCAGUUUCGGUAUAGACAUCUUCCGAUGCUUAACCUGGGAAACUGUAUCAAUAUCCAUGUCCUGAGACGACCCAAGCGAGCUCAAAGGACCAGCAUUUGA